UGCUGCACACACGCGCUUUCUAGAGAAAGCAUGGCUUCCACGGGCGGCUGGAGCGCUGCGCCGUCCGCGCCGAGUCUGAAGCAUCUGACCCAGGCCGGCUUCGGCGUUCCGCCCCGGGAGCAGCACGCGGCUGUGCAGGAGCUCGUGAAAGCGCACGUGGAGUCCUUUAACCAGGCGGUCACUGACGGGCUGUGCCGUGCAGUUCAGGCCAUUCCUCCGUUCGAGUUCACGUUCAGGAAUGACCGGAUCACCCUGGCCUUCGUGGAAGCGGUCAUUCACAAGCCGGUGGUCGCCAAGGGGACCGUGUGCCAGGACCCGAGGGUGUUCCCGGCCGAGUGCAGGGGCCGCCGCUGCACUUACAGGGGCAAGCUGGUGGCGGACGUCAGCUGGUCCCUCAACGGCGUCCCCAAGGGCAUCGUGAAGCACGCCCUGGGCCUCGUGCCCAUCAUGGUGAAGUCCAAGCUGUGCAACCUGCACGGACUUUCCCCCAAGGAGCUCAUCGAGCACCACGAGGAGGCGGAGGAAAUGGGAGGGUAUUUCAUAGUGAACGGCAUCGAGAAGGUCCUGCGUCUGCUCAUCAUGCCCAGAAGGAAUUACCCCAUCGCCAUGGUGCGGCCCAAGUGGAAGAGCAGAGGCCAGGGUUACACGCAGUAUGGUAUUUCGAUGUACUGCGUGAGGGACGAACACACGGCGAUCAACAUGAACCUGCACUACCUGGACAACGGGACGGUCAUGGUCAACUUCAUCUACCAGAAAGAGCUCUUCUUCAUCCCCCUGGGCUUCGCACUCAAGGCCCUGGUCGACUUCACCGACUUCCGCAUCUAUAAGGAGCUGAUAAAAGGGCGCGAGGAGAACUCCUUCUACAAGACCUGCGUGACGGAGAUGCUGCGCCUCGUGAUGGAGGCGGGCUGCACCACCCGAGACAAAGUCCUCAGCUACCUGGGCGGGCGCUUUCGGGUCAAGAUGAACCUGCCGGAGUGGUACGGCGACGAGCGGUGCGGCCGCUUCCUGCUGGAUCAGUGCCUCUGUAUUCACUUGAAGUCGGACGCGGAGAAGUUCUACAUGCUGUGUCUGAUGACUCGCAAGCUGUUCGCCUUCGCCAAGCAGGAGUGCAUGGAGGAGAAUCCCGACAGCCUGAUGUGCCAGGAGGUGCUCGCGCCGGGCCAGCUCUACCUGAUGUUCCUCAAGGAGAAGAUGGCGAACUGGAUGCUGUCGGUAAAGCUCUCCAUGGACAAGAGGGCCCAUCGCUUUCCUGGUGGCGUGAACAUGGACGCUCUUGUAAAGCUGUUCAACAUGGGGACCGACUUGACCAAACCCUUCGAGUAUCUCCUGGCCACCGGGAACCUCGUCUCCAAGACAGGUCUGGGCCUCUUGCAGGCCUCUGGCAUGAGCCUGGUGGCCGAUAAGCUCAACUUCAUCCGCUACCUGUCCCACUUCCGCUGCGUGCACAGAGGUGCCGCCUUCACCCGGAUGAGGACGACGUCGGUGCGUCGGCUGCUGCCCGAGUCCUGGGGCUUCCUGUGCCCCGUGCACACUCCGGACGGAGAGCCCUGCGGCCUCAUGAACCACAUGACGGCCCACUGCGAGGUGGUGACCCAGGCUCACCCCACGGUCACCCUGCCCGCCCUGCUCUGCUCCCUGGGCAUGACACCGGUGGACGGCGUCCCAGGCCAGCCGUACUCCGACUGCUAUCCGGUGCUGCUGGACGGGGCCGUGGCGGGCUGGGUGGAGAAGGAUCUGGCGCCUUCCCUUGCCGACUCCCUUCGGGCCUUCAAGGUGCUCAAGGAGAAGAAGAUUCCGCCCUGGAUGGAGAUCGCGCUGGUGCCGAACACCGGCAAGGCCAGCGUUUACCCUGCCCUCCUGCUCUUCACCACACCCGGCCGCAUGGUGCGACCCGUUCACAACGCGGCGCUGGGAAAGCGCGAGCUCAUCGGCACCUUUGAGCAGCUCUUCCUCAACGUGGGCGUCUGCGAGGGCGACGUCGACCCCGAGGUCACGACCCAUCAGGAGCUCUUCCCCCACAGUAUGCUGAGCGUGGUGGCGAACUUCAUCCCCUUCUCAGACCACAACCAGAGCCCCAGGAACAUGUACCAGUGUCAGAUGGGGAAACAAACGAUGGGUUUCCCUCUGCACUCGUACCGGGAGCGCACCGACAACAAGCUCUACCGCCUGCAGACGCCCCAAAGCCCCCUUGUCCGGCCCUACAUGUACGACUAUUACAACAUGGACAACUAUCCCGUCGGCACCAAUGCCGUCGUGGCCGUGAUCUCCUACACGGGAUACGACAUGGAGGAUGCGAUGAUCAUAAACAAGGCGUCCUGGGAAAGAGGUUUUGCCCACGGCUGCGUCUAUAAGACGGAACUGCUGGACCUUCGCGAGAAGGUGAAGGACGAGGACGGUGUUGUGUUUGGCGUCAAGCCCGGCGACCCCAAGGCGCUGGACAAGCUGGAUGCAGACGGGCUCCCGCCCGUGGGAUCGGUGCUGCAGUACGGCGACCCGUUUUACAGCUACGUCAACCUCAACACCGGACAGAGUUCCGUCAUCUUCUACAGGAGCAAGGAGAGCUGCGUGGUGGACAACAUCAAGGUGUGCAGCAACGACAGCGGCACGGGGCGCUUCUCUCGCGUGUGCCUGACGAUGCGCGUGCCCCGCAACCCCACCGUCGGCGACAAGUUCGCCAGCCGCCACGGCCAGAAGGGCAUCCUGAGCCGGCUGUGGCCCGCCGAGGAUAUGCCCUUCGCGGAGAGCGGCAUGAUGCCCGACAUCUUGUUCAACCCGCACGGCUUCCCCUCCCGCAUGACCAUCGGCAUGCUCAUCGAGAGCAUGGCGGGCAAGUCGGGUGCUCUCCACGGCAUGUGCCACGACGCGACGCCCUUCACCUUCUCCGAGGAUCGCCCGGCCCUCGAGCACUUCGGCGAGCUGCUGCGGGCAGCCGGGUACAACUACUACGGCACGGAGCGCCUGUACAGCGGCCUGAGUGGCGUGGAGCUGGAGGCGGACAUCUUCAUCGGCGUGGUGUACUACCAGCGCCUGCGCCACAUGGUCUCCGACAAGUUCCAGGUGAGGACGACGGGCGCGAGGGACAAGGUGACCAACCAGCCGCUGGGUGGCAGGAACGUCCAGGGGGGCAUCCGUUUCGGCGAGAUGGAGAGAGACGCGCUGCUGGCGCACGGGUCCUCCUUCCUGCUCCACGACCGUCUUUUCAACUGCUCCGAUCGCUCCGUGGCUCAGGUGUGUCUGGACUGCGGCAGCCUGCUCUCUCCCCUGCUGGAGAAGCCGCCUCCGGCCUGGUCGGCCACGCGCCACAGGAAGACCGCGUGCACCCUGUGCGGGAAGAGCGACUCCAUCGACGCGGUGUCCGUGCCCUACGUCUUCCGCUACUUUGUCGCCGAGCUCGCCGCUAUGAACAUCAAGGUCAAACUCGACGUCAAGUGAAGACUCCAUCGGCGCGGUUUCCUGCGCUCCCCCUCUCAAUGUGAGCUGGAGGGCGUGUCGACAAAGGGGCUCUGCUUUUGUUAAGCUCUUUUUCGGAGGACUUGGUUUCCAUGCGGUGGAACUUUAAACAAUGUUUAUACAGUUGUGUCCAAUGGCACAAUAAUGGUGCCGCUGUUGCCUAAAGUCUAAUGUAUGAAUAUGCGAAGAUAACUUUUUGUUUUUAAUAUAUUCGUCCCGAUACAGCUCUUUUUGCUGACUGUACAGUGUGUUGUGCUUUAACUUGAGGACAGCAUGAUAGCAUCCAAGGACACAAUGCUGGCAGAGCCACAUCAUUUCAUAGCAGGACAGCUGCUAAAAAGAAAAAGUUUAAUUUUUAAAAAAAUAAAAGUAAUACCCAUGGGAUGUACUUUUAUUGUCAGUGUCUGAUUAAUGUGCACUUUAGAGAACUAAAUGUUACUAUAUGACAUUUUUGUGUAAAAUGUCUCGUAACAACAACUUAAACAUGAGAGUUUGACAGCCUCAAGAUUUCAACCAGCAUCUACAACCACUUGUCCUGAGCGGUGUCACAAGGAGCCAGAACCAACACUGGAAACACGCUGGGCGAGGCACCGGUCUGUCAUAAGGCAACCCAAGCAGGACUUGAACCGCUGACCCAGCGCACAGGAGGCAUUAGCCAAACCUACUGCACCACCACAGCCUCCUUGCUAUCACCUCCAAGAACAGAAAAAGUCUUUGUAGUCCAGUCAUUAAUGCACUUUAGCCCACUAAAUGUUAUUACUUUUUUUUU